GUUAGAUAAGCACUUGGUGAAUUCCGGGAAAACGGAUAUUGACCUUAGUAGGCGACCAUUCGCAUUAGUCCAAGUAUCUUAGUGUAACGCUUACAUCGUUUCAUUAACCGUGAUCAUUAAUUACUAAUGAAAAAAAAAGAAUAAACAAGAAAAAUGUGACAAUGAGAAAACCUUAAAUUGAAUGUCAUAUCUUAAAAAAAUUCAAAAGCCAUGAAAGUACAGUAAAAUAACGAAAAUUUAAUUGAACACAGUAACCGACAUACAAUUCUGUUUAAUUUCGCAUGAAUUAAAAAAUUCGCUCUUUACUCAAGUUUUAAUCAACAUCAAGAACUCCUGAUUAAUUUCCAUCGAAUUGAUCAGUUAAUAAAUUCAAACAAUUGACGGCUUAUAGAAGCUAAAUAUAGUGUUGAUAAAUAAUUAAGACUAAACUGACCUUCGUUAUCAUAGUGAUUAUAAAAUACGAUAAAAUUUUCGACAUAAAUUUUGUUAUUCUGCGAAUGCCAAAGCGUAUGGUGGAAUAAAGUUUAUAAGUUUUAAUUGCAUAACGCCCGACAUAAUAACCAGAGGAAAGUUGUUUUUGAGGAAUUAAAGAGUUGCAGUUUUCUUUUUUUUUUGUUCCUCUUUACGACUCUUCUGCCUAACGGCGCGGUGAUGUUGGUACAAUUGCUUAGAGACUUGACUAUGGAGUGGAAUGGCGACGGAGAGAUGGAAGAGCGGAGAUCCAUUCGCGACUCGGGCAAACCGCUCAAGAAAUACGGCAGUACUGCUAAACACAUGACACGAAACGAAAAUCUCAUCAAGCACACCGUCUCCAAGACGGAUACCCUUCAGGGUAUCGCACUCAAAUAUGGGGUCACGAUGGAGCAAAUAAGACGAGUAAACAGGCUAUGGGCGUCGGAUAGUUUAUUUCUACGAGAGCAUUUGCUCAUUCCUGUAUCUGGAGAUAAUCCAAUUCCUUCGCAACAUGAUGGCAGUGUCUCAUCUGAGUCCGAUGCUACUCAAAAUAUGACUUCUAGUCAGUCUUCUAUCUCGUUGUCGAUGGAUGAUGAAGGAUCGAUAAAUGAUUUUUUAGCAAAAAUGGACACUUCGAUAGCAAAUAUGAAACAGGAAGUUAAAAGGGCUCAAGGAAACAGUGAAUUUGGAGAUGAGACGUUUUGCCACGAGGGGGAUGACACGUUCGUUCAGCGACGGCGCGCCGUUGCUCGAUUACGUAACUCACAUCCAGUUACCUCAACCGCACAUUCAACCACGGCGUCCACCUCCGAGUUAUUAAGGCCGUCGUCUUCAGGAGACGUGCACAACCUCCCUUCAGCCGUUGUGAUGACUCAGGGUAGACGAGUCCAAACCUCCUUGCAGAGAUUGCAGCAGCAACAGGACGAGAUGUUUCAGUUAUAGCAGUUAAGGUUCGGUCGGCCGGUCAGGUGCGUCAGGUCUUAGGGUUUUAAGGUCUAUUAAGGCUUCGUCCAGUAUAGCUUAAAGUCAACAGCCUAAAAAAUUUAAUACCGGAAAUCAAUGUAAAUGUAAGUGGAAAUAACUCAUAGGAUUAUGGGUCUUGACACUCUGCAGUAAAAGAAUUUUCCUUUUUGCGAAUUUCAAAAUUACCCCGUUGCCAAAGAAUCCUGGAUUAUUUUCGUAUUAGUUUUAUUUUUGUAAAUGUCUUAUUGUUAGGCUAAUAGAUUAUAUAUUUUUUCUUUUUAUUUCUACUGCAUACAGUCUAUAUUUACUUUCUACUUAAUUCACACACAUUUCAUCUUGAAAGAAAAUCAGUUCUUAAUAUUUGCAUUGAUCUUCUGAUGUUCAAUUGAUCAAUUGAUCUUCAAUUUCUGAUUCAUGAGAUUUACCUCUAUAAAUGAUUAUACAGCUGUACAAAUAUUGUUAGGAUAUUUUUUCUUUCUGCUACUUAUACAUACUCAGUUACGCGUUAGAUAAACUUUGAGGAAUCGAAGCGGAUUAGCCACUGCGGACUUUAAGCUGUAAAAUUUAGUGGUAAUUUUCAUUGUUAAAUUUCUAAGUGAAAAAUUAUUGAGCCGUUUGCCAUAAUUAUUAUGUCCUGUUCGGCCACUUUUUCUUAUGCAAACGUACUCUAUUUUUUUUACUUAGUAAUAUAGUGGUAAUCAAUUUCCUGAUGCCUUACGUGUACCCCGCCCCACCCUUCCGAAUCACGACUAUGGAAAUUUCCAAAUGCUUACUACGUUAUAGUCUACAGACACAAUCCCAAGGUAUUCUUAUAUUUCUAAUAUAAAUUAAUUUCGACCUUUUCUUAUCAAUGAGAAUAAUCAUAUAACUUAAACAGUCUCGUGUUAUAAAUGACUGAAUAGAAACUGAUUUAUUUCGAACAAUUUAUUUCAAACGAUAAGUUUCACAAUUGUUUUCUGUCAUUUGUCAAUCGUACGACGAAAAUUUAACAGGAUCAUUUUCCUUCAGUGGUAUUAUAUCCCCGUAGGGAAUAAAGUGCCAGACAGGAUCUUCAUUCUCACGAUUCAACUCGAAGCAAAACAAAAGAACCUUCGAUUAUCUUUCUCCUACGCGAUCGGUCAUACGAAUAUUAAAUACGUAAUUACCAUUUAUUUAACAUUAUUGAAUAUCAUUAUAUUACAAGAAAGUAAUACUGCGAAGCUUCAAGUGAAAGUCUAUUGGUAGAAUUCUACGAAUUAUAAUUUUUUCUCAAUACGUUCAAUCCAAGCAGGAUUUUCCAAAACCAUUAAACUCGAGUUAUUUAUUCCGAUGCCUCCCACAUAAUAAUUGAUCAUUAGUAAACUAGCAGAACCAUUUACGGUACACGUAAUACCUAUUACGGAACGUCAUUGUAGUUUUGUCCAAGUCAUCAAGGUCAAUUGUCAACUUGAGUAUAAUCAGAACUAAAUGAAUGGAGGCGUACUUUCGCGCCAAUGUCACACAAAAUAAAUUCAUCUAAUCAUAGAAAUUACAAGUGACUUUCCUUUUUCUUUUUCUUAUUGAAAUAUUACGAUCCUUCUUCUUUCUUCUUUAUUAAUGCUUUGCACAAAUAAUAAUGACGACCGAUCGAACACUAUAGCGUUCUUUGUCGCGAAGUACACAGAUAUAUGUAUACUCUUAUACAUACAUAUAGAAAUCGUUAAACGUAACGACGUGGUUUGCAUUAUUGUAUAACUAUGUACAGUCUUUGUAAUAAGUUUCUAAUACCAAACGAUUUCUAAAGUAGCGGCAGUUUGGACUGUAUAGGAGACCUUGUAUAAUAGAAUUUAACAUGCAAUACGUUAGGCUCUAGAAUCACAAUUUUUCUUCCUCUUUUCUUUUUCGCAAUGUGGACAUAAAAUUGGUCCAUCAGAGUAACAGAAAGUAAAUAUAUUAUGAUAGCAUUUCGAGCACUUAAUCAUGAUUGCACUGUUGUUAAAUAAUUGAAUGCUAUGAAACUAUGUUAAAAUUUCGAAAUUCGCGAUUCAAUAAAAGUGGAUGAAAAUGGAUGGGAAAUACCAUAUCCGAGCUUGAGAUUUAGAUAUAUUUCUUGUUGCGAUUACCGUUACAGUGAAUAUACUUAUUAUUAUUAUUAGUUAAAAGAGUAUAUAUAUAUAAUUAAUAAUAUAUUAUAAACUAUAUAUCUAUUCCGAGACUCCGAUAUAUAAGUUGUACUUUAUACUUGGCAGUUGAGUUAGACCAAUCGUUAUUGGGACCGCCUUGAAGAAAAAGAACUUUGAAAUAACACCGUUUGAUAUUAAUUACAGUAUUUAAGGAAAAGAGAAUACAGAAAUCUUUGUUAGAUGUUCAGGUUUCUAAUGACGCUUCGCUCGUAAGGUCGCUUAUAUGAAAUGUAGAUUGUAAUACCAAUAUUUUGAAAUUUAUUCUCAGAGUUAAGUUUGUUCCUAUCACUAGUUGGAAAUCUUAAUAAAAAGCGGCCUUAUUAGAGAUGCAGGAAAAGACGUUAUGUGUACACAUAACAUUACUUUUCACUGUGCUGAAAACGUUAGGAAACUUAAUAUAUAUGAGAUGAUAAAUUCUUUUAAAAAUACGUUUGAUCGAUUGUAUUAAAUGCAAUUAUGAAUAUAAUAAUUGGAGAUAAAAAAUUAUUUAUUUGUAUUUUUGUUUUCUUCUGGUUUAAACACAUUUGUUAUAUUGACAGAGGCGGCUUGAUUACGACAUUACCUAAAUCAUCCAAAUCUGUUCAGGCGACUGAGACGUUACGUGUAUAAAAUGUAUGUAUGUUACUUUAGAAAAAAGUUACUGAUAAGAAAGGAUUAUAAAGUAUCGAUUCGAGGCUACUGACAAGAUCUGACAUAUAUCUGAUAUGUGUACUGUAAAUAUGAUUAAUAUAAAAUAUGCGUAAAGACAUCCAGCCAAUAUUGUAUUUAGUUGCAGUAUUUGUUACAGUGGCGGUAGACAAAUACAAAUACUCACACUAUGA